AUGAGAACCUCUGCCAUCAUCACCACCAUCCUCGCCGCUGGCUCGGCCGUCUUCGCCGCUCCCGCCGCCCCUGCCGAUAAGCGUGAGAUGAACUUUGGCGGUGUCGCUGGUCCUCUCGGCACCCUUCUCGGCGGCUCUGCUGCCGCCCCCGUCGGCGCCUCCGGCCAGAACGCCCUCGCCGCCCUCUUCAAGGCCGGUGACGAGAUCCUCAACAUCCCCGGCGACACCAUCCGCAAGGCCAUCGAGGGCAACCCCGCCGGUGCCGCCACCGGCCUGCUCCAGGCCCUCAUCAAGGCUGCCUCGGACCUCCCCAAGGACGCCAUGGGCCUCAUCACCCCUAUUACCCAGGCCGCCACCCCCAAGUCCUCUUAA